AUGGAGCUUCUUCAACAGCUCAGUCAACUUAGACAAUACGACAACAAGAUGGCAGAAAUGUACUAUGUCCUUGAUAUCCCAGGAGUGUACCUCAGGACCGAUUUCGCAGAGAGCCAGGUACGCAUAGCAGUUUUGCAAGAGGACUCUGCAGACACCGGAGGAGCCCCCUUGUACGUGGUCUGGGACUCUCUAUGGGAGUUUCCUGGUGUAGUCGAUCAUGAGACAGUGGACUUGUCGGGCACAGAUGGCCUACGCGUACACAACCUCCUGGUCAUCGAAGAGGAACUCUAUGUGGGCGUAACGAUCUUGAGUCAGCCACCGGGAAAAGAGGAACGCCGUUUGCAUGUCUACCCUAUGGGCGACUUUUACGGGAGGGUUCUCAACUAUACCAAGGACAACGAUGCCUUCCAAAAUCCCAAGCUUCGAUACAGGAUGAUACCUUGGCAACUAUUCACGCCCAUGGUAGAGGUUCCAGAGGAGGACGAGAAGGAUGAGGAGGAGGCUGAAGAGGCUGAAGAGGUUGAAGAGGCUGAAGAGGCUGAAGGUAAGACAGCGCGAGUGCCUCGUUCUUUCAUCGCUGACGAAGACGUAGCAGAGUCCAGUGAAGAUGAAGACAACGAGAUCGAGACCACACAUGUAUGCGUCCGUCGGCACGGCACAAAAACGUACUACCUCAUCAUCAAAGACGGCAAGCUCUUCCUCGUCCCCUUCGACCACGCGCCAGACUGGAAUCGCAUGCUGGAAGAGAAGCCAAAAGUCUCCGGUAAGCUGCUCAGGUUCGGCAACCAAUGUAAGUCGUACCAGAUCCCGUGUCUUCAAACGUCGCUAAAAGUUUCCAAAGCCAGCGUUGAGGUCUCCCAGUUUCCCAAGGGCUACGCCAUCCACAUGGUCAACUGUGGUCUCAAAUCCAAGAAGAAGAAGGCGAAUACUGCAGUCGGAGACCCGAAACGAGAGGCGGUGGAUGACAAUACUUUCUACCUCCUGCACCCAGCGACGAACACUCUUACCCACCGCGAUUACAAAAUGUUCACGAACAGGCAGGGUAACACGGUCGUAGAGGGGAAGAACUACCCACAGUGGCACACCGGCAUUGCGCAGCACAAUGCGAAUGUGUUGGAGAAGUUCCUCGAUGAGUUGAAGGCCCUGGUGACGAACGCUGCCGGCUCAUGGACCGACAACAGGCAUUGGUCGCGACAUCGUAGGCAUUGA